GAAGAAGAAUUGAAACCCGGAAGUGAUUUUCUUUAGCAUACUGGCGUCUAGAUUGUGUUGCGUGUUAGCAGAGUCCUGCUCUAUUUCUUCUUCAGAAAGUGUCUGAAUUAACCAUCAUGUCUGGAUAAACCUGCCUGUACUGUUCACGAUGUUUCACCUCUGAUUUAUCUCCCGGUAGCCCACAAGGACAUUGAAGUUAGCUCAGUGUGUUAGCUGUAAAAAAAAAAUUGACGGAGCUCAGGAGCAGAUUGAUUGUUUGAUGGAGACCAAACUGAGUUUCUAACGGAGAAAAGGUUACGUGUUAAAAAUGUCUAAAGUCCAAAUGCUGAGAGCGUCGGUGACGCAGCGACUAACUGCGGCUGCUGAAGAGAUAUUUGUGCUGUUUGAAAGAUCGAUAGCAGAGUACGAGGAGGAACUUUCUCGAUCCAAAGAGGAGAACGAGCGACAACGCAAACUACUGGACGCUGUUUUCAACCCUCAACUUCAGCUACACAGAGCAGCUUUACCUUUAGAUGUGCAAAAAGUGAUUGUUGGUGAAGAAGAGCAGAAAGAGAGGAGCUCCAGUCUGGACCAGCAGGACCCAGAGCCCCCACACAUUAAAGAGGAACAGGAGGAACUCUGGACCAGUCAGGAAGGAGAGCAGCUUCAAGGGCUGGAGGAGGCUGAUAUCACCAAGUUCACAUUCACUCCGGUCCCUGUGAAGACUGAAGAUGAUGAGGAGAAACCUCAGUCCUCACAGCUUCAUCAAAGACAAACUGAACAGAUAAAAACAGAAGCUGAUGGAGAGGACUGUGGAGGACCAGAACCAGCCAGGAGCUCAGAUCCAGAUAGACAUUUACAACCUGAUACUGAUGAAAAGAUUUCAGACUCUUUAAAGACUGAGACUGAAGACGGUGAUGAAUGGAAGGAGAUCAGUGCACCUGUUGUAAUGACCUGUGAUCUGAGUUGUAAUGAGUUGAAAUCAUUUAGCUGCUCCGAGUGUGGCAAAAAAUUUAGUCAAAAGGGACACCUGCUCAUACACCGGAGAAUUCACACAGAGGAGAAACCUUUCAGUUGCUCAGUUUGUGGGAAAAUAUUAGUAUGCAAGGGGUCUCUUAAGAGACAUAUGAGAAUUCACACAGGAGAGAACCCCUUUAGUUGCUCACUUUGUGGUAAAAGAUUAGUAUGCAAGGGGUCUCUUAGGAGACAUAUGAAAACUCACACAGGAGAGAAACCCUUUAGUUGCCCAGUUUGUGGUAAAAGAUUUGUUUGUGAGGAGUCUCUUAGGAGACAUGUGAAAAUUCACACAGGAGAGAAACCUUUCAGUUGCUCACUUUGUGGUAAAAGAUUUGUAUGCAAGGAGUCUCUUAGGAGACAUAAGAAAACUCACACAGGAGAGAAACCCUUUACUUGCACAGUUUGUGGUAAAUCUUUUACUCAGUCAGGUCUGCGUUACCACCUGAAAACUCACACAAGAGAAAAACCCUUUAGUUGCUCAGUUUGUGGUAAAAGAUUCAACCAGGAGGUGACUUUGCAGUUACACAUGAGAAUCCACACAGGAGAGGAGACAUUUAGCUGCUCUGAAUGUGGUAAAUUAUUUGGCAUGAAAAGAUAUCUGCAGAGACACAUGAGAAUCCACACAGGAGAGAAGCCAUUUAGCUGCUCUUAUUGUCGUUUUAGAUUUAACAAAAAGGCAAAUCUGCAGAGACACAUGAGAAUCCAUUCAAGAGAAACUGUUUAGCUGCUCCGUUUGCGCUACAAAGAUGUAUACAAAAGGUACAUCUGUUAAGCUGGCUGUCCUCAAAGGGGAGAAACCAUUUUAUUGCAGUGUUUG